AUGGACGACGGGCGACGAUCUCUCACUGGCAGCGACGGGCGACGAUUCCUCACUGGCGGCGACGAUCUCUCACUGCUUCAACAUCAGGGUUUACAAGAUAAUAGCAAUGUGACGGUUGAAGAAUCUGUAGCCAUGUUCUUACUUGUACUAGGACAUGGAGUAAAACUUCGGGUACUUGGAGGUAUCUAUAUUCGUUCAUUAGAGACAAUUAGUAGGCGCGUUCAUGAAAUACUACGCUUGGUUCUCAGUUUAAGUAAGGAUUUUAUAAGAUUACCUAAUCAAGUUGAGAAUGUUGAUGAGAAUGAUCAUAAAUGGAGAUGGUUCAAGGAUUGCCUUGGAGCUUUGGAUCGAACACAUGUUGAGAUGACUAUUCCACUUAAGGAUCAAGGUAGAUAUCGAAAUAGGAAACAACAGAUAACAACUAAUGUUUUGGGAGUAUGUGAUAGAAAGAGUUUGAAAUUUCAUGUUCUUCCUGGAUGGGAAGGUUCAUCAUCAAAUUCAAAAGUUAUACGAAGUGCAUUAGUGAGAGAAAGGGAUCCAUUUCUUGUGCCGACUGGAAAUUAUUAUCUAGUUGAUGCUGGAUAUGCAAAUACUCCCGGAUAUUUAGCUCCUUAUCAUUCUACUCGUUAUCACCUAAAUGAAUGGUCAAGUCAUGAUAAUCGUCCUUCUAACUAUAAGGAAUUAUUUAACCUACGACACUCUUUAGCAAGAAAUUCAGUAGAGAGAACAUUUGGAUUGCUGAAAAACGAUGGGCAGUACUUCAUCAACCAUCAUUUUUUGGUUUGUAUUAUUAAUGCUUGUUGUGUUCUUCAUAACUACAUUCGUGAAAUUGAAAGUGAAUUGGAUUAUCCAUUGUUGCAUGAGGUUGAUUGUGAUUUGGCACAACAAUCAAAUAAUGUAUUUGAUGUGGACUAUGAAGAUGUCAUAACAAAUGUACAAGGUGGUAUUCAAUGA